AGAGCGAAGAUGAAAGAGAGAGCAGAGAAGACAGCAACACGAAACGGGACAGUGUACUCUUGCGUACUCAUCGCUUCACACUAACAAUAAUGCAAUAAUAUUUUAUGUAUUGAGCACUUUAUUCAAAGCUUUUUGCGCUUUUCGUUAUGAUACGAUAUAAAGUGUCUUCUCAUCUGGCUUUGGAGUCUCGUGUAACUAUGCAUGAUCUUUAACCAUACAUUGUGCUGGAUAAGGCGCAACGCACAGUAUGAAAUCUUAAGUGACAGUUACCAUUUAAAAGUAGCAGUUCUUUUGGAUACUCGACAUGAAACAGAAUGGCCACUUUGAUUUAGAGUCUCGCGCCUGAUGAAAUGAGGAAAAACUUCAGCUUGAUCUUCACCUGCAUUGAGUCCUUUCUUCUGGACUAGCACCUUCAGAUGGCCAAUAUUCAAAAUGAGUUUUACAGCGUUUUACAAAACUUUUUACAGCUUUUGGUGUUCUGGGAAACUCCAAAAUCAUUUCUCUCUAAAUCAUUUGCAGCCAUCACUGGAUAUACAGCGAAUGAGCUGUUAUUUCAGUUCAUUUGUUUGAAACAACAGCACUUUUGCAGACCAACAGGAGAAUAAAUUAAAAAGCCUUCCAGCAGUUCAUGAGCCAAAAGUGUGGGAUCUCCAGUUCUUAUGGCAGAAUAAGGGACAAUAACGAAAAUAAUGAGCAGUGAUUUAAGGGCUAAAGGAAUUGUUUGUAUAACUCAAAGUCAGGCACAAAGGGUAAUACCGGUUUCUUGUUUGUUCUGUGGCAUUUAACUUUCUGUGUGUGUCAACAUAUUCCACAAAAAGCAUUAGAAACAGUCACAGUAUCUUCAACCAUGAAUUACUGCUCACAUCUAUCAGCCAUGAGCGUCACAAAGGCAAAGCACCAAUAUCUCAAACUAGCAAAUUAAAUGACUCUUUCAGCAGAAGACGUUUUCAUGGAAUAAUUGAUCAUUUAUGGUAAGAAUCAUGCAUAGAUGAUAUGAAGCGCUUGUGAACCAUGCAACAUGGAUCUGUUCAACAGCUCAGAUGAGUUCUUCCUCAUCAAUGCUACAGUCAGUCCCACAACCCUGGAGUCCGGGGACGACGCUAUGCCCUUCAGCCUACAGAUCUCCAUCUCUGCCAUGCUAGCAAUCGUCACUUUGGCCACUGCUCUGUCUAACGCUUUUGUGAUCGCAACCAUUUUCCUCACACGCAAGCUUCACACCCCCGCCAACUUCCUGAUUGGCUCUCUCGCAGUGACUGACCUCCUGGUGUCCAUUUUAGUCAUGCCGAUCAGCAUUGUGUACACGGUCAGAAAGACUUGGACUCUGGGUCAGAUUGUGUGCGAUAUCUGGCUAUCAUCGGACAUAACGUUCUGCACAGCUUCUAUCUUGCACCUGUGCGUGAUCGCAUUGGAUCGAUACUGGGCCAUUACCGACGCCCUGGAAUACUCAAAACGCCGCACUAUGCGGCGAGCGGCGGUGAUGAUCGGCGUAGUGUGGGUGAUCUCCGUCUCGAUCUCUAUGCCUCCUCUAUUCUGGCGGCAGGCUAAGGCACACGAGGAGCUCACGGAGUGCAUGGUCAACACCGACCAGAUCUCCUACACGCUUUAUUCCACAUUUGGCGCCUUUUACGUUCCUACGGUCCUCUUGAUGAUUCUCUACGGGCGUAUCUAUGUGGCGGCUCGCUCCAGGAUCUUUAAAACACCAGCGACCAGUGGAAAACGGUUCACCGCUGCUCAGCUCAUCCAGAAUUCAGCGGGUUCUUCGCUCUGCUCGCUGAAUUCCACCUCUAAUCAGGAGGGACAUCUUCAACCUGGAGGAGGAGGAGGAGGUGGAAGUGGGGGAGGAGGGUCUCCUCUUUUCACGAACAGUGUGAAAGUGAAGCUGGCCGAUAGCGUACUGGAAAGAAAGCGUCUUUGUGCCGCUCGGGAGAAGAAGGCCACCAAAACUCUUGGGAUUAUCCUGGGUGCGUUUAUAGUAUGCUGGCUCCCGUUCUUCGUGUUUACGCUGGUGAUGGGUGUCUGUAAAGACUGUUGGUUUCAUCCUGUGCUCUUUGAUGUGUUCACCUGGCUGGGGUACCUCAACUCGCUCAUCAAUCCAGUCAUCUACACUGCCUUCAAUGAUGACUUCAAACAAGCCUUCCACAAACUUAUUAAAUUUAAAAGAUGCUACUGAUGUUAUACUCCUGUAUAGCUCCUUUUGACACUUUCAUGACUUAACUAGCGGAUUUCUGCAUAAAAUAUCUGAAUCCUGUGAACUUUCAUUGUUCAAAUGCUGUUGAGGACCAAUCGUACCCUACCGUUUGUUUUUCAGUGAGCUCCUAAACGCGCAUACAGUGUCUGGUCGAUGUAGAUUACUGUUUUCAUGAGACAGCUUGUAAAAUAUCGUGCCAUAUUGUUGAUGCUUCCUCGUAGUUUAUGAAUGCAUGCUAAGAUUACAAAUCCUUCACUAGAGAGCAACGUUCUACUGUCUUUGUAACCAAUAGCUGUCUAUAAACUGCCUUAUUUACCAGAAAGAGUGAAAUUAAUAUGAAAGACACUUGACUUAAAAAGAAUACAAAUAAAUGAAGGUUGCUCUUCCCAUAGGAAAGCAUAUAUGGCCCCCUGAGGACCGUGAUGAAGUUUAUGAACAUUAGCAUAGACUCCCUAAAUAAAAAUAAAAAAGUUUAUAUAAGAUAAAAAAAAAAAAAGCUUUAAGUUUUGUGGUUUUGCAUUUUUGUAUGAAAGAAGUUUGUUUUCAUUUCCCUCCCUUUCAUUUUGAUGUCAGAGUUUGAGGGGUUUUAUGAUCAUGAAGAUGAAAAACAGGCUUCAGGCUGCAUGCUUCAUUUCAGGACAUGAUGCAGAAGAAGAACAGCGUAUAAUGAUCAAAAGUUCAAAUUCUGGAUGUACCUGAUGUUUUUUUAGACAAGUUGCAACUUUUGCAGCAAAAGUGCCACUGAAGGAAUUUUAUUUUUUGUUUAAUUUAUUUAUUUAUUGGUGUGAAGGUUAUUAUCUCGUCAAAUAUCCCACUAAUCCAACUUGUGGAAAUGGAAGCACCUCUGACUAGUGGUAUAUAUGAAAAAUGGCAUCCAGGAAAUUGGCAAACUUUGCCCUCCAUCUUUCUUUCUUAUGAUGAAGGUCAGCUGUGUUGGUUCAAAAGAUUUUUUUGAUAAGAAAACAAAGCAAUAAGAAACUGUAGACCUGAGUCAGACAGGAAUAAUGAGGCAUAUCCCCAGAACAUGCUGCCCGGAGGCUCUCAAACAGCAUUUGAGAGUGGGGGUAAAGCUGUGCUGGGCUAUUUGGUUGAGAUAAAUUGUCUGUAUAUUCACAGUCUGUAUGUCAACAGAAAGAGCUCCCUCUCACUCAUCUACACAGCAAGGAUGAGGUCACACCCCAUAAAAUAGAUCUUUAGACUCAUUAUCAUUCACUUCACAACCACUAGUAAAUCCAAACACGAAUAUUUGUUCGCCAAUAUGUGGUUUGGUACACGAAGGCUGGUGCGAUGUGUGUGAUGUUUAUCAGUCUGUGGCCGUCUUGAGAUGGACUAGAAGAUACGUUCAUGUAUAGAGGAGGUACAACCUGAACAAAUACACGACAGAGACUUUCCUUUGACGUCUAUUGUAUUUAUGACAUUUUCUGUUCCCUAAAACCUACACUAACACUUAAAAGGAUACUUCACCCAAAAUGAAAAUGCUGUCAUACUUUUAUUGUGUGAACAGAGACAUCCCCCCCAAGAAUCUUGAUAAAUAUAUAUUUUUUAUCCUAAUUCCAUUACUUCAAAUUUCUGAGUUUGACACUUCAAUUUAUAUUCAAUUGUUUUUCUUCACAAAUAUUCAUGCGUUCUUGCUUCCUAAUGUUCUCAUGUUUACAGUUUCACUUGAUGCAUUAUUCAUAUUCAAUUCAUUGCUCACAAAACAAAUUGCAAAUGAAUUAAGUCUCAAAUUAGGAUGCAUGCAUUCAUUUUAAAACAGUAUCAGUAAACAAAGCCUAUUAAACAUAGCAACAAAUGAGUUUAUUGAUUUGCAAAAAGCGUGAACAGAUGAAAACCACGUGUAAGGCUCCUGUUUUUCUUCAUUUCACGCUUUCAGCAGGUUUCUCUUUUCUCUUUCAGCUGAAGCAGGGUGUCAUGAAAGAGCACUCAAUAAGUGAAAGGUAACACAGCGCGAGUGACACAGAGACACAAUUAGCUAGAUAUCUCCUGAUUUCAGCCUCAGGAAGUGUUUAAAUUGACAGCGCCGCUGAAUCAAUUUAAAACAAAUGUAAAUGUAAAUUACAAACAGGCAUUAGAUUUGGCGGGGGGUUCGGGAGGAGAGAUGGCCUGCGACCUCACUUUAGAGGAAAAUAAGCAAGGAGCUUCAGAUAACAUUAAGUUUGCAGCGAAACAGGACGGAGAGGGUCAGCAUGCAUUUAACCUUGCUGGGUGGUGUCUGUCUGUUCGCACUUAUAAGAAACAGAGAUAUGGAGAAAGAAAGAGACAAGGGACAAACAAAACGCACACUCCCACAGAGGAGAUAUACAGGGUUUAAAUGAGGACAACAUUGAACAUUAACAAACACUCACAUCCACAGAGAGCACCAAAAAACAGAGACAGGAGGGAAAAGGACAGCCAAGAAAACAAUCUGAGUUUGCCCUUUGAGUGCACAUCGAUGAGACGUCUCCCUCUGAGAGACAUAACUACUGCCUCAGGAACUGCUGCUGGGGAGAGACACAAGCACUAAAGCUGAAGAACAACGUGAACAUGAAUCAAGAAGAGAACCCUCAUUUUCUGUUCAGACUGACUUUAAUGUUUGUUUUUUUUCCAAAAUCUUACUUAACUCAAACUUUUGAAUGGUAGUGUAUCACAGUUUCCA